AUGGACAUGGAGCGCCUAACAUCCAGGUUGGGUCGGAGGAAUACGCGAUCGCUGUUCAACUCCCUUGACCGAUCUCACUCAUCUGACGACUUUUCACUGGUGGCGCCAAAACAAAACAGCGAGGUUCAACGUGCCCAGAAUCCUACCAUACAAGAAGUCAUUGAACUAGGUCCGGAUCGACCUGGUUCCCCUAUCUCGUCAGAGACAUCAAGUGAAGGAAUUAAUUUGCAUGAACUUCCGGACAACGCUCAAAUUCUCAAGUUUGCCUCAAAGACGAAGACGGACACAACUUUACAUUUUGUCCUAAAUAUAGUUGAUGAUAUCGAGGGUCAGCUCGAAGAGUUAGGGCGCUUGAAGCGAUGGGGUCAUUUUAAGGAGGCACUCGAAUACUUCGAGUCCAACUUAGAGCAACAUAUUGACCUACCGAUGGUGAAAAUCGAAUACGCCGAUCUCCUAUUGGAGCAGGGUGCCUAUAGAAAGCUCAUCCAACUCGGGUUGGAGGCGCCUUCUCAACCAAAAUACAUCCCAGUGAGAGGAGUUUACCGGCCAGAGCUCUACUGCACCCACUUCAAUGCGAUCCACAAGAGUGCAAGGUUUGCUUCUGAAAGCUUUGCAGCGGAUGACUUGGGCGGCGACCAAAUGGAUAAAUUUACUUUUUAUCUUCACAAACGGGUGAAUGAUCAACGAAAUUCUCAUCGUAAAUUUGACGUUGGGAUCCCCUUUGAUUUCUCGGAGAUUCAAAUUAUUCGCAAUCAACUGAAGCUCUUAGUCCAGAUUAGAGACAAAGAUCCAGAUGACAAUGUUUCACCAGACUUUGGCAUAGGCUUUUGGAAAGAUAUAUACGACGACCUGCUCAUGGGGGGGCGCAUUUGGGAAUUUUGCGACUUGUUCAAUGCGAUGCUGCCUUACUUGGGCCAAUUUGAUACUUGGAAAGCCCUGUACGAUGCAGAGAGCCCAGAGGCUGAACUGAACCUCUCUCUCGAACGACUUCAACAAGACUGGUCUGUUGAUCAAUAUGAUGAAUCGACCGAGCUAGCUAUGCUGUCUAUUCUUGUCCACAUAGCGCAUGAACUUGGGCCUCGCAGUGGCUAUGGAAUUCCAAACAAUGACAAAGCGGCGAACAUCAAACUGUGCUUACGGAAAGCCGAGUUCUAUGCCGCCGAAAUCCAAACACAUAGCCCCCAAUUGACAAGGUCUCGACCUUACCUGCAGUGGGUCAUAGCUAAAGAGUGUUUUGAUCGUCGAUUAAACUGCAGCUCUUCAUACCGUAAACUGCGAGAAAGCCAUUUCAAUAAUUGCUCUGGGGAAGUGAUAGGCGAUGGUCAAAUCCCCAUCUAUGUUCCUGUGGGGCCUACAGAUAUAGGGUGGCCAGCGCCGGACCCAGAUUUCCCGCCCAACAACACGUUGAAAUGGGCAUUAUUGACAUCGCGUGAGCUUGGGGACUACGAAACGGAGUCCAUGUGUCUUCGUGAACUAAUCUGCCGAGAGAAAGACCCACGAUCUUUGUUCGCUCAGUUAAGCAAACUUCUAAGGGACACCCAAGGGAACAAUCUUGCGCACUACGACACCUGUCUCUCUCAGUACCUUCUCACCGAUAACGAUGUAUCUCGUCGAAAACUCAUUCAAGAGUUGGAGCAAGUUGCCAAUAAGUUCAAGCCUGCUUCUCAUGCCGACAUUUGCAUCAAAAUACGAAGGUCUGGGCUGCUGGUUCUGUGCGGCUUGAUGCUUCUAUUUUCCGAGUGUCACUCAGAAAUGUAUGUGAUUCAAAGAACUAUUUUAGCCCUCGAUAGGGAAAUAUCCCUUCGCCCGAAGAAACCCUACACUUUUAGUGUCCCGCGGGUCCACAGCGAAGGGUAUUUACGGCGUGAACCGAGUCAGUUUGAAUACCAGGAGCUUCUCAAAACUCGGAAAGAAGCCAUGCAAAUGAAGCUGCACCAGAAAGCAGCGGAAAGCCAGGAGAACGAAAGUGAAACAGAGACCGUAAAACAGAACAAAAAUCAGGACCCCGAACCAAAGCUAAUCAACCGACAGCCGACAGUGUCGGACUUUGACGACACAGCAACGCCAUCAAGUGAGACCAAUCAACCUAAUCAUUCUGUAGAAUGGCCUGAGGCAGAGGAGGAUUCAGAUGGGGAAGCUCAAACGCUAGUGAGGGCUCAUCAUAGCCAAGGGUCUUAG